GUCGCUGGCCGUGUCGCUAGCUAGCUAGUUGAGAGUGUGUGCUCCACCUCAAUGGAGGUGCUGAAGAAAGAUGCCGCUGUGGGCUCGCCCAGCAGCGUCUUCUACCUGCUGCUGCUGCCCACCCUGGUGCUCUGGUACAUCUACUGGCGACUCUCUCGCGCCCAUCUCUACAAGCUGGCGGCCCGGCUGCCGGGACCGCGUGGCCUGCCCAUCGUUGGGCAUCUGUUCGAUGUGAUCGGGCCCGCUUCGUCUGUUUUCAAAACAGUCAUUCGCAAGAGCACCCCCUUCGAGCACAUCGCCAAAAUGUGGAUCGGGCCCAAGCUGGUCGUCUUCAUCUACGAUCCGCGCGACGUCGAGCUGCUCCUGAGCAGCCACGUGUACAUCGACAAGGCAUCCGAGUACAAGUUCUUCAAGCCCUGGCUGGGCGAUGGCCUCCUAAUCAGCACAGGUCAAAAAUGGCGGGCUCAUCGCAAACUAAUCGCACCCACAUUCCAUUUGAAUGUCUUAAAGAGUUUCAUUGAAUUGUUUAACGAGAACUCGCGCAAUGUGGUGCGGAAGCUGCGUGCGGAGGAUGGACGCACAUUUGAUUGUCAUGAUUACAUGAGUGAGGCAACUGUGGAGAUUCUAUUGGAGACCGCAAUGGGCGUAUCGAAGAAGACGCAAGACAAGUCCGGAUUCGAGUACGCCAUGGCCGUGAUGAGGAUGUGCGAUAUACUUCAUGCCCGGCAUCGCAGCAUCUUCCUGCGCAACGAGUUCAUCUUCACGCUGACCCGCUACUACAAGGAGCAGGGCCGACUGCUGAACAUCAUCCACGGCCUCACCACUAAGGUCAUACGCAGCAAGAAGGCGGCCUUCGAGCAGGGCACGCGCGGCUCUCUGGCCCAAAGCGAGCUGAAGGCCGCCGCCCUCGAGCAGGAGGAGCGCGAGCUGCGCGAACAGCGGGAGAAGCAGACGGCGGCGGGGACCCAGCCCAGGCAGGAGCAGAGCGCUCCUGUUGCUGGCCUCUCCUACGGCCAGUCGGCGGGCCUCAAAGACGACCUGGACGUGGAGGACAACGACAUUGGCGAGAAGAAGCGCCUGGCCUUCCUCGACCUAAUGCUGGAGAGCGCCCAGAAUGGAGCACUCAUCACGGACACCGAGAUCAAGGAGCAGGUGGACACGAUCAUGUUCGAGGGGCAUGACACUACGGCAGCCGGAUCUUCGUUCUUCCUAUCGCUAAUGGGCAUACAUCAGAACAUCCAGGAUCGCGUGAUUGCCGAAUUGGACGGCAUCUUUGGGGACUCGCAGCGACCGGCCACGUUUCAGGAUACGCUGGAAAUGAAAUAUCUGGAACGCUGCCUGAUGGAAACGCUGCGCAUGUUUCCGCCAGUGCCGCUCAUCGCUCGCGAGCUCCAGGAGGAUCUGCAGCUGAACUCUGGACCCUAUGUCAUACCGCGUGGCGCUACAGUGACCGUGGCCACCAUUCUGUUGCACCGCAAUCCCAAGGUCUACGCCAAUCCCAAUGUUUUCGAUCCGGACAACUUUCUGCCCGAGCGCCAGGCGAAUCGACACUAUUAUGCCUUUGUGCCCUUCUCAGCGGGACCGCGCAGCUGCGUGGGUCGAAAAUAUGCCAUGCUGAAGCUGAAGAUCCUGCUGUCGACCAUCAUGCGCAACUAUCGUGUCUAUUCGGACCUCAGCGAAUCGGACUUCAGGCUGCAGGCGGACAUCAUACUGAAGCGGGAGGAGGGCUUUCGAAUCCGCCUACAGCCCCGACAGCCGGGACAGGCGACCACAACUGGCAGCACGGCAGCAUCAUAAACUUAUGCAUAUAUUUUCUUGCAAGUGAUAGUCCCGGUCUAUACAGUAAUACUACAUACAUACAUACAUACAUACAUAAUACAGGCAGAAUA